GGCGGCGGCGGCGGUGGCUUUGUCUCGUGGGCCGGUCCCCGGCGGCUCCCUCCCCGGAGCAGCUGCCGCCCGAGGGAGAGGGAGGAAGCCUCCCGGCGCCGACACCCGCGCGCUCGCCGUCGCCACGACCAUGUAAGGGCCAUGAGAAGGGCUGGUCCUGGCGCAGCGCGGACAUGGAGGAGGACCUGUUCCAGCUCAGGCAGCUGCCGGUGGUGAAGUUCCGUCGCACGGGCGAGAGCACGAGGUCAGAGGACGACGCGGCCUCGGGAGAGCAUGAGGUCCAGAUUGAAGGGGUCCGGGGGGGCCUAGAGGCGGUCGAGCUGGACGAUGGCGCGGCCGUGCCCAAGGAGUUCGCCAAUCCCACCGACGAUACUUUCAUGGUGGAAGACGCGGUGGAAGCCAUUGGGUUUGGGAAGUUUCAGUGGAAGCUGUCCGUCCUCACAGGCCUGGCAUGGUGGGGAAACACAAGCUGGCAGGUGGCCUUGCUGACCUCGGUGGUCUUUGUAGGCAUGAUGUCCAGCUCCACGCUCUGGGGAAACAUCUCAGACCAGUACGGCAGGAAAACAGGGCUGAAGAUCAGCGUGCUCUGGACCCUCUACUACGGCAUCCUCAGUGCUUUUGCGCCUGUGUAUAGCUGGAUCCUGGUGCUCCGAGGCCUGGUGGGCUUUGGRAUCGGAGGGGUCCCCCAGUCGGUGACACUGUAUGCCGAGUUCCUUCCCAUGAAAGCYAGGGCCAAGUGUAUUUUGCUGAUUGAGGUCUUCUGGGCCCUGGGGACGGUGUUCGAGGUCAUCCUGGCUGUGUUCGUGAUGCCCAGUCUGGGCUGGCGUUGGCUGCUCAUCCUGUCGGCCGUCCCGCUCCUCCUCUUUGCCGUUCUGUGCUUCUGGCUGCCAGAGAGCGCGCGGUAUGAUGUGCUAUCUGGAAACCAGGAAAAGGCCAUUGCCACCUUAAAGAGGAUAGCGACCGAGAACGGAGCCCCCAUGCCACUGGGGAAGCUCAUCAUCUCCAGACAGGAAGACCGAGGCAGGAUGAAAGAUCUUUUCACACCCCACUUUAGAUGGACAACCCUGUUGCUGUGGUUUAUAUGGUUUUCCAACGCCUUCUCUUACUACGGCUUAGUCCUUCUCACCACAGAGCUUUUCCAGGCGGGAGACGUCUGCAGCAUCUCCAGCCGCAAGAAGGCUGUGGAAGCCAAGUGCAGUCUGGCCUGCGAGUACCUGAGUGAGGAGGACUACAUGGACCUGCUGUGGACCACCCUGUCUGAGUUCCCAGGCGUCCUGGUGACUCUGUGGAUCAUCGACCGCCUGGGCCGCAAGAAGACCAUGGCCCUGUGCUUCGCCAUCUUCUCCUUCUGUAGCCUCCUGCUGUCCAUCUGUGUCGGGAGAAACGUGCUCACCCUGUUACUUUUCAUUGCAAGAGCGUUCAUUUCCGGAGGCUUCCAAGCAGCCUAUGUUUACACACCUGAGGUCUACCCCACGGCGACACGGGCGCUGGGCCUGGGCACCUGCAGCGGCAUGGCCAGGGUGGGCGCGCUCAUCACGCCCUUCAUCGCUCAGGUGAUGCUGGAGUCCUCCGUGUACCUGACGCUGGCCGUGUACAGUGGCUGCUGCCUCCUGGCCGCUGUGGCUUCCUGUUUUCUACCCAUCGAGACCAAAGGCCGAGGACUCCAGGAGUCUAGCCACCGGGAGUGGGGCCAGGAGAUGGUUGGCAGAGGGACACACGGUGCAGGUGUCGCCAGGUCGAACUCUGGCUCUCAGGAAUAGUGACCGCUGGGGAAGCUGAGCUGGU